CCUUAUUUUUAGGGUGUAUUUAUGUUCUUUAACAUUUAAGAUUUUUAGAAGAAUGCCCGAUUUUCCGCCGAUUCCCCCUGCUGCAAAACAUGUUGCACAUUACAUGAAAGUGGCAGAUGAACACGAUGAUCGAAAUGUCGUUAUCAGUUAUUGGAGUCGUAUGUACGCUUGUGAAGUCGUAAUGAGAUCAAUUACUGGAAAGAAACCUCCAGAAGUUACAGCAUUUUUAAUAGCAAUCAUGAGCUGGCUCGAAGACGUUAAAAAAAAUCAUGCGGAUGUAGAGGGUAUCACCAAUACGACUGUGGCACAAGCUUUAAUUGAGGAAUAUAUUUUGCAAUUAUUUAAUUACGCUGAUGGGCAGGAUAGAGCUGAAAAAUUUGGGAAAAAUGUAGUCAAGGCUUUUUAUACGGCUGGAAUUUUGUGCGAUGUACUUCAACAGUUUGGCACUUUAAGUGAUGAAAUGAGCAACAAACGUAAAUACGCCAAAUGGAAAGCUGCGUACAUUCAUAAUUGCCUUAAAUCUGGCGAAAUCCCAGUUCCGGGUCCUCCAGCUGACUACGAUGGUGAAGAUGGAGAUCCUUACAUGGCGGAUGAUGCUGGCUUUCACCCGUCAACAGACAACACGCCACGCAGUAGACCAGAGAACGAACCUGCUCCUUACGUUUCGCCUGCACCAUCACCUGCUCCUCGCACUUUACCUCCUGUGGCACCUGAACCGACACCCAUUCCUCAAACCCCUACAAUUUCUCCUUCUGCUAGUGGUAGUUUAAACCCAGAGGAUAUGGAAAAAGCACAAAAAUUUUGCAAAUGGGCUGCAUCUGCACUAGCAUACGAUGACGUUAAUACUGCUAUUGAUAACCUUCAAAAAGCUUUGGCCUUAUUACAGACUGGAAGAGAUGCUUAAGCUUGCAGAGAUAUUGCUUUUGUAGUUUAUCCGUCUUCAAUGAUGGUUGAGUAAUUGAUUUUUUGAUAUUUAUUGAAAUUUAAAGUGAAUUUUACACUCUUAAUUUUGUUAUAAAAAUAGAAGCUAUUUUCAUUUCUGUAAUAUAUUUUUAAUAAAUGGUAAUGCUGUAAAAAA